UCUGAACCCUAUAAUUCAAAUUAAACAAUUUCUAAUAUAUUUUAACAAUAUUUAUUAUCCCAACUGCCAUGAGAAUUUUUGUCUGGUAUGUCCUUGUGCUUAGCUCGAUGGAUGUAGCUCUAAAAGCUAACGCCAAGACAAGACAAAAGGAGAAUCUUGUAGAUGACCCACUAGGAACUUAUAAUGAGGUCGUGCGGAAUUUAAUAAGGAACUGGGAAUCGCCCGUUGUCUACCUCAGGGAUCGCGGCUUUCUGCCCAAAAACUUCGAGGAUACUUCGAAAAUUAAACCUAAUCUAGAUGCUCUGAUGCAGCGAAUUGAGAGAGCCAAGAGGCAGCAGACCAAGGGAAAAGACAUCAUGUUGAAAAUAAGACCUAAAGAGAUGGUAGAAAUUAAGCAACUCAAAAAGUCUGCAAGAAAUCAACGGGGAAUUUUUUCUAAAUCGAAGCAGUUGAAAAUCAGAAAUAGCAAGUUAUCGAAGUCCAAGGCAGAGCUAAAAGAACAGGAGGAGCAACUGCUGGCCAUGAAGCGACGAUUGGAAGAGCUGCAGCCAUCAGGUGCCAGUCCGGACCAGCUAGGAUAUCGUAGGCAAAUCAAUUUAACGCCAAGUUUCAAUGAUCCAGUAAAGUCACCGCAAAGCUACGAUGAGAUAUUACAGCGAAUGAUUGAAAGGACGAGUCCACUCUCCAAACACCACUCCAGUUUUCCUUUGCAAACCCUUAAAAAUGGAUUUUUAUCAGUUCCAGUAGCAAAUACCAACUUUUGUAAGGCUCAACUAGGUUCCAAAGAGGAUAACUUGGUCCCAAGUAGUUUGAGUACGUAUAAAGCGUUUAGCUUUUUGCCCAAUUCAAUUGAUAAACUCUCCAUUGAUUUGAUCAAAUCUAGUCGAGCAGAAAACAAGAGUCAAGCGUCGGCCCCCAAAUUGGAAUCGAACUUGGAGGCGCCCAGAUAUCUGAAUUGGGACAUGAAAAAGGGGCAACUCGACCCUUACUCAAGCGUUGAAAAGGAGGCAUACCUGAACCAGUUGGUCAAAGUGUUCGGGAAAAAUUAUGACUCUAAGGAGACUUAUCAAAAAAGGGGAUAGACCGUUUUCCUAGAACCACAGAAUUCCUUCCCAAAACCCGCUAAUUAAUUAGCUGGAUAUAUUUGUAAAUUUAUGAUCUCCGUUCAAUGAAUCACAAUCCCAUUUCCACAUCCAUGAUGAUCAACAAUAAUCCUACGUCAUAUCAAUGGCAUCAGCAAAUCGUUUUCGUUUGUUUACCUUGCUCAAGAGCAAAGAAAUCACAGGAUAU